AUGGUGGAAGGACCAGGUUGUAAGUUGAAAGGGGAGAAUAUCCGAGCUGGUCUAAGAAAUAAAAUAUUGUCUAAAAUUAUAGUCAGAUCACCUAUACAGGCCAAUGGAACAAAGAGAGAAGAGUUAAGUGUCAGUGAACAGAAAAAGCAAACCGACAGCAAUGAGUUGGUGGAAAGAAAAUUAGAUGAUGUUGUCACUUUGGGGAAGGAAUUAUUUAUGAUUUUUGGAGACAAAUGCUUAAGGCUUCAUUUUCUAAUGAAUGGAUCUCACAGAAUAUCAGAAAGUGGUAACAUGGUUUUAACUGGUAAGAAGAUACCACCAGUGCUAGAAGUUUAUUUUGGACCUACUGUCUUAUUCUUUUAUGAGUCUUCUUUUGAUGUUAGUCGACCCAGCUGUAAAUGGGUACAGAUAAUCCAGGAAAGAUCAAUACCAAGAGGUUUGGUCAAGAACCAGCUGUGUAGAAAAACCGGUUCUCCUCUGAACAAGCACUAUAAAAUCUACUCACUAGCCCAGUGUAAGUCAUGUGGUACAAGAGUCACCAAGACCAAGAUGGGUGACGAUAGCAGUAGAGUCACCUAUUUCUGUCACAUCUGUCAAACAGAAGAUGUCACCAAGCUGGAUAACUUGACCUUGCCCAGUAAAAACAGUCUUCUAAAUUGGGUUCAAUCAUCAAAUGCAAAGAUUGAGACCCAAGAAUCUAAUUGGUCCUGCCAAACUUGUACUCUAUUGAAUUCAGCCAAUCGAAUCACUUGUGAAGUGUGUGGUGGACCUAAAAGCAACCAAUCAAAAACAAGUUCACAAAAUUCAGAAAUCAUUCAACUAACUGACAAUCGUGAAAACUUGUUCACUUUUGUGAAAGAGACCAAACUUUUAGAAACGUCUUUGAACUCUUGUACGAAUAUUUCCAAACCAAACCCUUUUGCUUUGAUGGACACGACUGGAAAAAAUUUUCAAAAUGACAUUUCCCAUGACCUUAAAAGCUCAAAAUCAAUCUCGAAGCCUAAAAUCUCCGAAAUUGUGGUUAAAUCUCGGAAAAGGACCUCAAGUGAAUUUCAUGAUACUCAAAAUGACAAUAAAAGAGCCAGAACAAACCAGUCUGAACUGGAUCAAAGUGACACAAACUGGAAAUUUCCAAAUUGUUCCGGUCAUAAGCAGAAAUGUGGUUUGUGGCAGACACACAAGCCUGGUCCCAAUAACAGAAGAUGGUUCUUUACUUGUGCCCUUAAAGGCAAGCAGAAAUGCAACCAUUUUGAGUGGGCUGAUAUAUAUUUUCCAUGCUGUCCUGGACACAAUAAAACCUGUUCUAUAAAUACUGUUCUGAAAGUUGGCGCCAAUAAUGGUAGGAAAUUCUUCAGCUGUGCCCAAUCCAGGAAGGAGCAAUGUCAAUUCUUCGAAUGGGCAGAAGGAUUUGGUGGAGUAGCUGUGGCUAGAUGA